AAGGACUGAUCACAGAGGUGACUAUUCACAGCAAACUCAGAAAUCCUUGAAUUCAAAUCCCUCAUACACGAUGGUAUCAAGUGUCAGGUGAGGAUAUUAUAGCUGUAGCCUCGAGGAAAGCUUCAGGUUUAAACUUGUUGGCUUCAGAUGUGAUAAGAAGGCUUGAAAUCCAGGCUGAAAAAUCCUUUUAUGAGCGGUGCUGGGAUUGAACUUGAACUGAAAAACAUCAGUGUGGUCAUACGGGACAGACUAUUUGACAUGAGAUGGUAAAUUAUAACAAGUGUAAUUAACAUGGAAUGGACAAGCUAACCACAACCAAGAUUGUGAAAGCAGAAGGGGGAUCUGGAGGAUCAGGAAAAGAAACCCAAAAACACACAGAAACUGUAACAACCACAAGACUGACAUCUCUACCUCCAAAGGGACACAGCAGCUCCUCGAGCAGCCAGCAGGUACUGACCUCCAGUGUGAACAGCUCAGGCUCUGGAGGAGCUUCAGGUGGAGCUGUUCUGGUGGAGAAGAAGAUCUUCACCCAGAGCAGCGCUGAAGGAGGCGCUUUCAGAAGUUAUGUCAUAUCCUCCUCCUCGUCUGGAAGUUCAGGCAGCAGCAGUUCAGGAGCAGGAUCUGUGAUUAGUGGAUUUGACGAAAUAUCUCGUGAAAUCAGUGUAACCGGACCCAUUAGUAGCUCUACAGUUAAAAGUUCUAGCUCUGCAGUUAAAGGCUCUAGCAGUGUCUGUACCUCCAUCACGACAGUAGGUGGUUUCUCAGCAACCGGUGGAGAUCUUUCCUCUGGAUACGGGUCCAUCUCCUCCUCUGAGUUAGUGUCUGGAUCCUCAGGCGGUUUUGUUAGUGUUUCCGGAGGUAGUAUGAACAUAUCCAGAGGUGGAGGAGGUGGCACUGGCUCCUCUGCAGUCAUGUCUGCCGCAGGUACUUCCAGCUCCAUGACUGUGACCAAGUUCAGCUCCUCGUCGCCUGGUGGAACAAGGAAAGGUUUGAGUUACAGCAAAGUUCCUGCAGAGAGGAAGACCGGUCUGAACAUUCACACCGGAGGAUAUGAGGGGAGCUCCAGUGGCAAUUCUUCCCCUGAAUACGUAAAGAAAGAAUAUGUUUCGACAAGUGCUGCCACUAGAGGACGCACGCACACACGAGAGAGUGAGAUCAGAGCAAGAUUGCAGAGUGCCUCUCCCUCCACUAGAUGGACAGAGCUGGAUGAUGUGAAGAGAUUACUGAAGGGAAGUCGCUCUGGGAGCAUUAGUCCACCUCGCUCUCCCACCAACACUCUACCUAUCCCGAAAAAAGCCAGUGUGGACACCCGUCAUGAGAGCCAGUCAGGUUAUGACGGUACAGUCCUGGAUACAGGAUUCAGCGGAUAUUACACCAACCCAAACAAUCUCAGUUACACCACUCUGCAACAACCAUCAUCUCCCACAGGUGGCAUGCAGAAUAAUCGGACCCUCAGCUCAUCUGCCCUCGGAUAUGGGAUGCAUAAUAACCUGUCAACAUCUGGUGGUGCUCUCAUGGUUAAUGGAAUCAGUACUGGCCAAGUGUAUGGGGCACAGAAGAAUGUUGGCAGCGCUGGAUUUGCCACCACUGUUACUACUGUUCCCAGCAGCCCUAUCACCGCUGAUGAUGUGUUUGUGAAAGAUGGCAAGUUUAUUGCGAUUGGAAAAGAAAAUGUUGCAGCUAAGAAAGAGAGUGAGAGACUGAUCAUGUCCAAAAACACUGGCAAACAGUUCGUCACUUCCACCACCAGUGCUGGAGCAGAUUCUGAAGAUUCGCUUAAGAGGGAGAAGAAGAUGAUCUCCAGCAUUACAGAAUCCACAAUGACUGCUUCCAGAGCCUCAACAAAAGACAAGGCAACCUAUGCAGAGAUCCGUAAAGAUGAGUCUGACGAGGCAGGCCUAGGAUUCUGUUCCUGCUGCUCGUGGUGGAAGUGGCUUCUGGCGUUGAUCUUAGGUCUUCUCCUUCUGCUGGGACUUCUCUGUGGUCUCAUCGCACUGGGUGAGGAGUUCCGGAAGCUGAAGGCUCGUGUGGACGCUAUUGAUGGCGGAGAAAGAGCAGUCUCUGCUCGAACUAGUCGUUUGUCCGCUUCCUCGGCUGUGAACAUCAUCGAUCCACUGGAGUCUUCAUACGCUGAGCGCGUCUCUGGUGUCCGUGCCGAUAACACUAUAAACCUGGGUUCAGCAGCUGCUGCACAAGACCCUGUGGUUCUGGAGAGGACCAUCCAACAGAUCCUCAGAUCUGAACUUCAGUCGGACACCAUUAGAGCUUCACUGGCAACUUCACUUAAGGGUGAGAGAGGAGAACCUGGGCCUAAAGGAGACCAAGGACCUCCUGGAGUGAAAGGUGAUACAGGGUUUCCUGGGAUUUCAGGUCCUCCUGGAAUCAUUGGUCAUCCUGGACAGGAAGGUCCUCGAGGACCCAAAGGAAGUGCAGGUGAAUCAGGAAACGAUGGUUUACCUGGGCCGAGGGGUCGAGAGGGGCCAGUGGGCCACAGAGGAGAACCAGGACCCCCAGGAAUUGGAGAGAAAGGAGAGAAAGGUUCUUCUGGCGAUGUUGGUGCACCAGGGCUAACAGGACCACCAGGCCCUGUGGGUCCCAAAGGGGAUGCAGGUGCACAAGGCGUACCAGGUCUUUCAGGAGCUCCUGGACCCCAAGGCUUCCGUGGAGACUCUGGUGAACCUGGACCCAAGGGAGAUAAAGGACCCGCAGGGCCACCUGGGGUCAAAGGCGAUCAAGGAGAGAGAGGUCCACGUGGUUCCACUGGUGAGCCAGGUCAGGUCGGACCAGCCGGGCCUCCUGGUGAGAAAGGUCUUAAAGGAUCAGCAGGUGCUCCUGGGCCAGAUGGUGUUAAAGGAAUUCGAGGCGAUCAAGGUCCGAUUGGUUUGCCUGGAGCUCGGGGACCCUCAGGGCCUCCUGGAGACGCAGGAAUACCAGGUGCACCAGGACUCCAAGGACCACCAGGUUUGCCAGGUAUUCCGGGCCAGCCAGGAGCUAAAGGUGAGCCCGGUGAGCCCGGAAGAGUCAUUUCUGCAGGCGCUAAUACUAACACUGUGGGUGUACCUGGACCCCCUGGACCUCCUGGAGCUCCGGGUCCUGCUGGACCACCUGGACUAUCAGGUCCUAUCGGUCCUGCUGGUCUUCCUGGUCCACCUGGUUCAAAGGGAGAUAGAGGAGACAAAGGAGAAGAUGGGAAGCCCGGAGUCUCUGAGAGCGCAGGGAAGAAAGCUACUUCUGAACCUGGUCCUCCUGGCCCACCUGGUCUGCCAGGACCACCUGGACCGUCGGGCAAGGAUGGAAAACCAGGGAUUGGUCAACCUGGUCCUCCUGGUGAAAAAGGUGAACCAGGAAGCUUUGUACCUACUUCAGAAACCUUCUUUGCGGGACCACCUGGGCCUCCUGGACCUAUUGGACCAAAGGGAUCACAAGGUGAUAUUGGUCCUCAAGGUUUCCCUGGCCAGCCUGGAUUACCUGGAGACCCUGGAAUCGGUAUUCCAGGACAGCCAGGGAUACCAGGACCACGUGGAGAACAAGGUCCUGAGGGUCCACCGGGACCACUGGGACCUCAAGGGCCAGUGGGUCCCAUGGGGCCAGAAGGUCCAAAAGGUGAUGCUGGAGUCCCCGGGGCCCCUGGCAUCCCAGGAUACUCCUACGGUGGAGGAUCCAGAAGCGCUCCGGGACCUCCAGGUCCACCUGGACCCCCAGGGCCUCCCGGAGCACCUGGUUCAUCGGGUGGAGGCUCACCAGAUGUUGUUCAACAGAUUUCAGACUACCUUAGAAGUGAGCCCAUUAGAGAAUACCUGACUGGACCUCCAGGCCCACCUGGACCACCAGGAUCUCCCGGAUCAGGCUCUGAAGAUUCGCUAGCUAACCGUGUCAUUGAAUACCUUCAAAGAGAUGAGGUGAGGCAGUACCUGAUUGGUCCUCCAGGGCCCCCAGGACCCCCAGGUGGUCCAGGUGGAUAUGGCUUUAACACUCAGGAAGUUGCUGGACGAGUGCUGGGUCUGUUGAAUGAUGCUGGUUUCACAGGUCUGCCAGGACCUCCCGGUCCCCCAGGACCUCAAGGACCACCAGGAGGAAUAGUGUCUUACGCUGUUAAUGAAAACCAGCCACAAAUCCGUGCAGAGCGUCAGGAAUAUAUCAAGAGCCACCCGAGCUCUGAUGAGAAUUUGGAUUAUGCAGUCAUCGCUAAAAAGGUUUCAGAUUACAUAAUGUCGCGUGGCCUGUUACAAGGUCGAGAUGGUUUGAGAGGGAUUGCAGGUCCACCAGGUGUACCAGGUCAAAAAGGAACCAAUGGAAACCCUGGAUUCCCUGGACGCCCUGGACCCGUUGGACCCCCUGGACCCUCUGGACCUCCAGGAACCAGUCCAGAACUUCCUUACUCUAACAUGACUGCAAUCAUAGACUACAUCAGAGACCACCGUAUGAUUGGACCGCAAGGUAUACCAGGGCAGAAAGGGGAUGAAGGAGCUCCUGGAUUCCCAGGACCAAAAGGUGUACCAGGCGCCCCAGGCGCCCCAGGAAUGAAAGGAUCGAAGGGAGAGAAGGGUGAGGCUUCAUAUAUCACUCGUCGUCGUCGGAGGAGCACAGUCAUUUAGAAGAGAGUGCAUUUAGCUAGUGUGCCUUAGGCAGCUAAGGCUUUAAAAAUUAGUUGUAAAUAUGUAUUCUUUUCAAAACAAACAACAACAAAAAAAAUAUAUUUUGGGACUUCGUUGGAUCAAUUUAUUACCAAAAGCUAAAUAUAUUCACAUUGAAUUAACAAGCAUUACAUUAUCAAAUUCACCUUUAUGAUGCCAGUUUUUAAAAUAUUUUUUUUUUUUUUUGCAAAUUUAUUUUUUCCUCAUCUUGAAAGUCUGGUUUUCUUGCAUGACUGCAGAAUGGGAUUUAACAUAUAAUCUGGGGAUGUGCUCUAAAAUGCGCUUUUUAUCAUUUGCUGUGUUAAAAUGCUUUCAUUAGUCUUAAAAGUGGUUUGACGAUAAAAUGUAGAAUAUUUUAUUUUAAAGCUGACUUACAGACAGACCUACAGUAAUCUCCAUACUAUAGACUGUAUAAAAACAGUUCCAAUGCAGAAAGACACUUCGAUAUAGAGACCCAGGCAACUGAACUAUUCACAACAAAUGUUUUAAUCACAGCAGCUUCCUAAAAUCAUAAUGAUUUGAACUUUGACACAAACACAGUACAUACAACUGUUAUGUAGCUUACUUUACCUCAUCGGUGGAAAUGCUUAAAAAGCAAACAAAAACAAAAAACAAUCAAAAAAAAUUAUAUGAAAAAGCAAACGGGCAUCAUGAUGUACAUUCGACUACCUGCAGGAAUUCCUUUAUCAGAAGGUGCAUGGCACUCUCUGUUCAGUCAAAUGUGCUGUACAAGAUGGACAUCUUACUGUAAAUGACAAGAAUUUCUUGUUUUGACACUUGUCUUUUUUUCCACAGAUUUUAAAUGUUUUGUUCAGUUUUUACAGAUUACGGCACAAAUGUAAAUGCAGUAAACCCAUAUAGAACUGAAUGUUGAAAGUUGGGAUGAAAGGAAAUAAAAAUGUUGCUACAAUACACAA